GGUUAGCUGGCGCAUCUGCAGCAUCCGAAGCCGCAGACGAGAAUCGCCAUGAACAACACGCUAAUUUCUGCAUGAAUUCGAUUCUGUCUGAUUAAAAUCAAAUCGCAUCCGUUGACCGUUCACCUGCAAGCCACCGACGGGAGCGCGCAGAUGAGAUGCGAAACGCGUCUGAGUGGGUUUUGCAGGAAUGCUAGCGUUAGCGCCUAGCUGAUUAUAUGUUGAAUUUAAUUUAUUAUAUUUUCAUCAGUCAAGGGACGAAUUAAUACGGUUAUGGGCGUUUAACUAAUGAAAUUAUCCAUCAUUCUGGUUAAUAUCCGCGUGUCAUCUUUUUUUCUGUGAAAAGUGGGUGCUUUUUCAGAGGUUUUAAUGAACUGCACAACUGGCUGAUGAUGGAGAGUUUGACUUUCAUCCACCCAAACAAUCAUUUCUGUUGACUUCACAUCUGAAGGUUCGCUUUGCAACUUGGCUUGAAUGUUUACAUCGUUUUCAGCUGGAUAUAAGUAUUUCUAUCGUGAUAUGGGCUCGUGUCACUUGUACAGACACUAGACAAACACUUAAUCAUAUCAGGCCAUCGCUGAUUGAUGCUGUUUCAGUGAUGCUGUUUGAACUGUGAUGCAUUAAUUUAGUAUAUAUACUGUUUACAAUCAGUUUCUUGUACGUUUUUGUGGCUAUACGGUUCAUUUAAACUGUGGUCAGCAGCAAGUCCAUGUUUGACAGUCGCAGCUGAUCUAGACCUCUGGCACCAGAACAACCAACCCUCCCACUUUAGUUUCUAAUAGACUUACAAGUGUUUAAGGGAUCUUUGACGCAUCAUGAAGAAGUUCUUUGACUCCCGGAGGGAGCUGGUGGGCUCUGGACCCGGUUCUGGAGGGGGAGCUGGAGGUUCUGGAUCCAGCAGUGGUGCUGGUGGGAAUUUCAUCGGUCGGGCUUUCACUGUCGGGAGACACCAGGUCACUGUAGAAGAAACUUUGGCAGAAGGCGGCUUUGCAAUCGUCUUCUUAGUGCGGACUAAUCAGGGGGUGCGCUGCGCACUAAAGAGGAUGUAUGUCAACAACGAAUACGACCUGCAGAUCUGCAAGCGCGAGAUCCAGAUCAUGAGGGAUCUCAAUGGUCACAAGAACAUUGUUGGGUUCCUGGACUCCAGCAUCACGGCUGUAGGAGGUGGAGACGUGUGGGAGGUGUUUAUCCUCAUGGACUUCUGCAGAGGUGGUCAGGUGGUGAACCUAAUGAACCAGCGUUUGCAGACAGGCUUCAGCGAACAGGAAGCUCUCCAGAUCUUCUGUGACACGUGUGAGGCUGUGGCACAACUGCACCAGUUCAAAACUCCCAUAAUCCACCGAGACCUCAAGGUGGAAAACAUCCUGCUUCAUGACAGAGGACACUAUGUUCUGUGUGAUUUUGGCAGCGCCACCAUGAAGUUCCAGAACCCCCAGAAUGAAGGAGUGACUGUGGUGGAGGACGAAAUUAAAAAGUACACAACCCUGUCCUAUCGCGCUCCUGAAAUGGUGAACCUAUACAACAGCAAAAUCAUCACCACUAAAGCAGAUAUCUGGGCAAUGGGCUGUCUGCUCUAUAAAAUCUGUUUCUUCACAUUGCCCUUUGGUGAGAGUCAGGUGGCCAUUUGUGAUGGCAACUUCACCAUUCCAGACAAUUCCCGCUACUCACAGGAUAUGCACCGUCUCAUUCGGUACAUGCUGGAACCAGACCCUGAAAAGAGGCCUGACAUUUAUCAGGUGUCCUAUUUUGCUUUCAAACUGGGCCGGCGGGACUGCCCUGUCCAAAACGUUAAGAAUUCUCCCAUUCCUGCUAAACUUCCUGAGCCAAUCAGAGCGAGCGAAGCAGCCGUGAAGAAGAGCCAAACACAGACUAAGGCGAGACUUACAGACCCCAUUCCCACCACUGAAACUUCCAUCACCCCACGCCAGCGGCCCAAAGCAGCACAGUCCCAGUCUCAGGCACUAGGAGGCAUCCUGCCCAUCCAGCCUGCUGCCCUGACCCCACGCAAGAGAGCCAACUUACCCGCCGGAGCCGCCCAGCCAAUAGCUGUCAGUGUGAACUUGGCUCAGCCAGCGGCAGCUCUUCAGUCUCAAAAAGCCCUGGCAUCUCCUGCCCCUCAGCAUAAAACGCCCGUGCAGCCGAUCUCCAUCAUAGCAGCGGCUGCAGCAGGAGGAGGGGGCGUUCCAGUAGCAGCGAGUCACCCUGCGCCUCCGAAAGCUGUAGCCACUCCUCCUCCAUCCAGCCCUGCGCCGCCCACCGCACCGGCGCGCAGCGCCCGUCGUAAGCAGACGCCAGCGGCUCAGCAGCAGCCCAUGCCCGUCCAGCCCACUACCACUCAGCCAGCUGGUGCCCCGCUUCCAGCCCAGACAGAGCCCACUGUCCAGCAGCCAGCACCUCAAUCCCAGAUGAGCCCAGAGAAUGCAGAGGAGAGGCCUGUGGUCCCUGGCCUGUCUCAGACUCCUCCAUCGUCCCCGAGGACGGCCCAGAAGGCGGGGCACAGGCGCAUCCAGAGUGAUGUCACACACAGUGCUAUGUUCGGAGUGCCUGUCAGCCAGUCCACUCAGCAGCUGCAGGCGGCCACAGCAGAAGCCAGCCUUAACAAGUCAAAGUCAGCCAGUGCCACCCCUUCCAACUCUCCCCAGUCCUCCCAGCAGAGUGUGUACCAACCUGCCCAGCAAGGCAGCGUUUCUGUCCCCCAAGCUCCUGCUUCAGCCGCUAGCCUGACAAGCCCCCCGGUCCAGCCUACCUGGAAUCCCUUCGGAGACGACAAUUUCUCCAAACUCACGGCUGAGGAUCUGCUCAACAAAGACUUCACCAAGCUAGCUGAUGAACCUGUUGAACCUAUGAUUUCUGCUACUGAGAGUCUUAUUCCCGACCUGGAGGCUGCAGAACCUGCUCCUCCACCUCCCGUUGAAAGACCUGCUGACAUUCUGGGCUUGGAACCGGGAACUGGUUUUCUAGCUGUUCCAGAGAAGCUGAUAGAGGGCCUGAAGUCUCCAGAUACUUCCCUCAUGCUGCCUGAUCUGCUGUCCAUGGCCGACCCCUUCGGCAGCUCCAUGGACGACACCAGAGGUGUCAAAACAGACGUGUGUUUGGACUCUCUGAUUCCUGGCUUGGAGCCCCCUCAGGCUCACCUGCAUCCUGUGGAGGCUGAACCAAUAUUAUCAGCACUGGCAGACCCUUUGAUCGGUGAGGACUCCCUGCUUGGCUGUUCACUCCCCUCUGGCUCCGCCUCCUGUCUGGAUGACUUUGUAGAUGUCUCUGGAGGCAGCUCCCAGAACAUACCAGCUGCAGACUCCUGUUUGAUCUCAGGCUUUGAGCUUCCGGGCGCUGAGACAGCCAAUGAAGAUGAAUUUGAUCCCAUACCAGUAUUGGUCUCCAAGAACUCCCAAGAUGAUCUCCCUAAUGUGAACGGCUAUGCAUUGGCAUCUGGAGCCAGUGACUUCCAGAGCUCAGAGGUUCCUUCAGAAGAAGAGGAGGUUCUGCACACGUGCAGUGGCUCAAAGCUUCUUCUGUUGGACUCCAAACUCCUCAACACAACCACUCUCAAACUCUCUCCAUCAUCCUCUCCAGAUGUUUUCUCAAGUGCCCCAUUCCCUGGAUGUGGGUUAGACGGUCGGGACAUCUUCAGCAGUGCUCCCUUUCCCCAAAUUCAACAAGCCCAUACGCAGGCUGACAUCUUCCUCCAGGCGCCUUUUUGCAGGAAGAAUGAUCCACAGCAUCUUACAAGAUGCUCCAAUGGCAACGAGCCAAUCUUGCCCCAUCCACCUGUGCACAGUCAAAUCCGGUUUCCCUAUUGCGCUGAGGCUCCGAUGCCCCAGCAGCCCAUUGCCGCCCAUCGCGUGGUCUCCAGCGUGGGCCAGCAGGCUGCCGUGAGCUCCGUCCCUGUCGGACCCCUUCACUCCUGGACGGUAGGUGUUCGAGCAGUGAUGGACCCCUUCCAGGCUGCCCCUUUCCAACCUCGAGGCCCAUUGGGAAAGCCUUAAUGUUUGAGAAUGUUGCGAGCGCCCCUUCUUGUCGCCCCAUUGCUGGUCGUAUCUGUGGCAAAUCUGGCGUAGUCUAUCGUGAGACGACUACCUCGGCCCUUGUGAUAUGCCUCAUCUGGUGUUUCCACAGCACUUUAGUUCCCCUUCACUCCGAUGUUCCGCAUUUGUGCAUCGCGCCACCAGACAUGUAGAGAGCGAUUUCAUCUUUUGAUUAUGAUAUAGAGGUCUAUUACCCACAUGUAUUCAUCCAUUUAUUUUUUGAUGCUCUUUGUAAUGGUUUACUCAAGCUUUUUUUUAUCAAAUGUAGUAAAUUAUUUCUUACUUCUACAUUGAGUCCAGUAUUAAAAGGACGGAAAAUGUGAAAAUUAAGGAAGUUUAAGGUGUGGUCACAUUAGCGAAAUGUAGGCAAAAU